CGUGACCCAGGUAAUUGGUCCAGCACUCCGCGCGCGCGCCUCCCCCUCUGCACAGCCCCUGGACCCGCAGCCUCCCAGCACCGCGGGGCCCGGAACCCCGGCCAGCCGACUUGCUGCGGGUCACCUCAGGAGACCACCCUUCUUCCUUGGCUGAGGAACUUGCCUGUCCCUCCAACUCACAAUGAGUCAGCUGAGGCUGCUGCCGUUCAGGUUGGGACCACAGGCCAUGAAGCUCCUGGCCACACGGGACAUCCCAGUGUUCAGUGGGCACAGGAUGUCCUCUGGGCCACCGACCACCGUCCCCAGCAGAAGUGGAGUCAGCUCCAGUUACGUGGAGGAGAUGUACUUUGCCUGGUUGGAAAACCCACAGAGUGUUCACAAGUCCUGGGACAGCUUCUUCCAGAAAGCUAGUAAGGAGGCCUCUCUGGGUCCUGCUCAGCCGCAGCCCCCUGCUGGCAUCCACGAGAUCAGGCCAUCAGUCUCAAGCUGCACCAAGACCAGCAAGCUGGUAGAAGACCACCUGGCAGUGCAGUCCCUGAUCCGUGCCUACCAGAUCCGAGGCCACCAUGUGGCCCAGCUGGACCCCCUGGGCAUCCUGGAUGCAGACCUGGACUCCUUUGUGCCCUCAGACUUGAUAACAACCAUUGAUAAAUUGGCCUUCUACGACCUGCAGGAGGCUGAUCUGGAUAAAGAGUUCCAACUGCCCACCACGACUUUCAUUGGGGGCUCGGAGAACAUGCUCUCUCUGCGAGAGAUCAUUCGUCGCCUGGAGAGCACCUACUGCCAGCACAUUGGCCUGGAGUUCAUGUUUAUUAACGAUGUGGAGCAGUGCCAGUGGAUCCGACAGAAGUUUGAGACUCCUGGUGUGAUGCAGUUUUCCAGCGAGGAGAAGCGGACCCUGCUGGCCAGGCUGGUGCGCUCCAUGAGAUUUGAAGACUUCCUGGCUAGGAAGUGGUCUUCAGAGAAGCGGUUUGGCCUAGAAGGCUGUGAGGUCAUGAUUCCUGCUCUUAAGACCAUUAUCGACAAAUCUAGUGAGAUGGGGAUUGAAAACGUCAUUCUGGGGAUGCCACACAGGGGCAGGCUAAAUGUGCUGGCCAACGUGAUCCGCAAGGACCUGGAGCAAAUCUUCUGUCAGUUUGAUCCCAAGCUGGAAGCAGCAGAUGAGGGCUCUGGUGAUGUCAAAUACCAUCUGGGCAUGUACCAUGAGAGGAUCAACCGUGUCACCAACAGAAACAUCACAUUGUCGCUGGUAGCUAACCCUUCCCACCUGGAAGCUGUGGACCCUGUGGUACAGGGGAAGACUAAGGCAGAACAGUUCUACCGUGGGGAUGCCCAGGGUAGGAAGGUCAUGUCCAUCUUGGUCCAUGGGGAUGCUGCCUUCGCUGGCCAGGGUGUUGUCUAUGAGACCUUCCAUCUGAGUGACCUGCCUUCCUACACCACCAAUGGCACAGUACAUGUUGUGGUCAACAACCAGAUUGGCUUUACCACAGACCCCCGAAUGGCUCGCUCCUCACCUUACCCCACUGACGUGGCACGGGUGGUCAACGCACCCAUCUUCCACGUGAACGCAGAUGACCCGGAGGCCGUGAUCUAUGUGUGCAGUGUGGCGGCUGAGUGGAGGAAUACCUUCAACAAAGAUGUUGUCGUGGACCUGGUCUGUUACCGCCGGCGUGGCCACAAUGAGAUGGACGAGCCCAUGUUCACACAGCCGCUCAUGUACAAGCAGAUCCACAAGCAGGUACCCGUGCUGAAGAAGUAUGCGGACAAGCUCAUUGCCGAGGGCACGGUCACUCUACAGGAGUUUGAGGAAGAAAUUGCCAAAUACGACCGGAUCUGUGAGGAGGCGUAUGGCAGGUCCAAGGAUAAAAAGAUCCUGCAUAUAAAGCACUGGCUAGACUCCCCCUGGCCUGGCUUCUUUAAUGUGGAUGGAGAGCCCAAGAGCAUGACGUGCCCAACCACGGGCAUCCCCGAGGACAUGCUGACCCACAUUGGCAAUGUGGCCAGCUCUGUGCCCCUGGAGGACUUUAAGAUCCACACAGGUCUCUCUCGUAUCCUGCGUGGCCGGGCAGACAUGACCAAGAAGCGCACAGUGGACUGGGCGUUGGCAGAGUACAUGGCCUUCGGUUCGCUGCUAAAGGAGGGUAUCCACGUGCGGCUCAGUGGCCAGGAUGUGGAGAGGGGCACAUUCAGCCACCGGCACCAUGUUCUUCAUGACCAGGAAGUUGACCGGAGGACGUGUGUCCCUAUGAACCACCUGUGGCCUGAUCAGGCCCCCUAUACUGUGUGCAACAGCUCCCUCUCAGAGUACGGAGUUCUAGGCUUUGAGCUGGGCUAUGCCAUGGCCAGCCCCAAUGCCCUGGUCCUCUGGGAAGCUCAGUUUGGUGACUUCCACAACACGGCCCAGUGCGUCAUCGACCAGUUCAUCAGCACUGGCCAGGCCAAGUGGGUGCGGCACAACGGCAUCGUGCUCCUGCUGCCCCAUGGCAUGGAGGGCAUGGGUCCAGAGCACUCUUCGGCAAGGCCAGAGAGGUUCCUGCAGAUGAGUAAUGAUGACUCCGAUGCCUAUCCGGUGUUCACUGAGGACUUCGAGGUGAGCCAGCUCUAUGACUGCAACUGGAUUGUGGUGAACUGCUCCACCCCAGCCAGCUACUUCCACGUGCUGCGCCGACAGAUCCUGUUGCCCUUCCGCAAGCCACUCAUUGUCUUCACACCUAAGUCUCUGCUGAGGCACCCUGACGCCAAGUCCAGCUUUGACCAGAUGGUGUCCGGAACUAGCUUCCAGCGAAUGAUUCCAGAAGAUGGCCCUGCAGCACGGUCUCCUGGGCAGGUCCAGCGACUCAUCUUCUGCACAGGAAAGGUGUACUAUGACCUGGUAAAGGAGCGCAGCAGCCAGGGCCUGGAGGAGCAGGUGGCCAUCACACGCCUGGAGCAGAUCUCGCCAUUCCCUUUUGACCUGAUCAUGCGGGAGGCAGAGAAGUACUCAGGUGCCGAGCUGGUGUGGUGUCAGGAGGAACAUAAGAACAUGGGCUAUUACGACUACAUCAGUCCACGCUUCAUGACUCUGCUUGGCCGCUCCCGGCCCAUAUGGUAUGUUGGCCGGGACCCAGCAGCUGCACCAGCCACUGGAAACAAGAAUGCUCACUUGGUGUCGCUGAGGAAGUUUCUGGAUACUGCCUUCAACCUGAAGGCCUUUGAGGGCAAGACAUUUUAGGAUGAAGCCAAACCUGUUCAGGUGUUGCCUAGGGAGGUUGUCUGGGAACUUUGGGGGCCCCAGACGAACCACACUCAUGUAGCUAAACCACACUUAUGUAGCAGUUGGGACCAAAGACUAGCAUUGCUAACUUUGGUCUCCGUGUUAUUUCAGAAUUGGUCAGGACCAAGAAUUAGCAUUCCUUAGAUAAAAGGGAGAUAGAUGUACUCUGUUACUCUGCUGACCUUUCUGGACCGCUCUCUCCCCCUUUCUCUCUCUCUUUCUCCGUGGUUUCUCUAGCUGUAUUGGUCUGGUCUCUAGCCAGCCCCUGGAGCUGUGCACUGUCACUCUCGUCCUGGCUGUCCUUGUUGCUAUUCCCCCUGUUGUUUCCAUCCAUAGAUUCAGAGAUGCUCUCUGUUGUGCUCUUAGAAGUAGCAAUUUCAGCAAUAACGACAGGUGAAGCUCAACCGCCCCGGGGAAACUCUGUGAGAUGUAGCGCACACGUGUGAACCAAAGCAGGAAACCAAAGAGCAGAGGAAUAAAGACGUGCUUGGGAAAGACCCGCUGUUCUCCGUUCAUAUCACAAAGUCGGGCGCGGUGGCUGCAGUGGCGAGGGAAGGAGAAUAGGGAGGAAGAAAAGCAGUAGAGAGUGUGUCAGUGUCCACACAAUAGAUUUUCCCUUGAGCUGCAGGCAGGUUUUCCCCGCUCCUCUUUGGCUUCUCUAAAGUUACCCUAGUUGAACUUGCACAUGCUAAGAUGCUGGGAGCUGUGGCCCUUACUUUCUACAGAUUAUCUGUUCAUGUGUCCCCUUCCCAGAGUGCCUCCUUGGAACUAGGUACCAGGCCUCCAGGUGCAAGGUCGCAGCUUCAUGCAGCCUCUUCAAACUUGGGGUUCUGUUUAUACAUGUGGUUCCCUCUAUUUUUUCCCCUUCCCUCCCUGUCACUUUCCUUUCUUACAGAAUCCAAGGCAGAGUGACACCUGCAGCGAUUGCUGUAUUUUAUUAUGUUGUUUGCACUUUCAUAUGUGCCUGCCUUGCAUUAGGUCAUGCUCCCGUGCCAUUCCCAUGCAUGCUCUUCCUUCCCAUCCUCAUGAAUUUCUCAAGUUCAUAUCUAAAUCUAUUUGUUUUGUUUGGUGAUUCAUCAAAAUCAACCAUGGUUCUUUUUCUCACUGGGUUGGGAGCUAUCCAAUGGAGCCUCAUGGGCCAGGACCAGGUAUACAGUUAAAGACUGAGACCUUUCCCAAAUCAAUUGAUAGUAUAUAUAGUUUUUCUUUUUUCUUCUUUUAUUUUUGUUUGUUUGUUUGGUCUCUGUUUGGUACUGGGAAUUUAGCCUAGAGCCUGGUGUGGUUGAGUGGUCAUUUUGCCCCUGAAGUGUGUUUCCAGCCACGACAAUAGUUUAAUCCACUGAGUUACGAGUCUUUCUGGAGCAAAGUGUGGGUGUUACAGGAGUCAGGAAAGGCUCCUUGUUUGAAGGAGAAGUUGUCCCAGAGGAAUAAGAUAUUACCUGGAAGGGACUCAGGGGCACUCACCAUGGGGUUUGGUUGGGUAUAUCUUAGAUAAACAAGCUGAAGUUGCAUGGGUGAGUGUAAAGUGUGUGAGCCUUACAGUCAGCUUGUUGGGUACACUAAUAAUUCUGCCACAAGAAUACAGAGAAGGGUGCAAGCAGACUGGAGGGGCCUCCUGUACAGAGGUGAGUUCUAGAUCACUAAAUGGGUGGAAACUGCAUGAACCAAGGACUCCUACCCAAUUUAGUAAACGGUGACUGGGAAAUAAACUCUUCAGAAGGACUGUGACUCCAUUAGAGGGCAAGGAGAGGAGUGGUAAUAUUAAAUAAUCUCAUUUAAAACAACUGAGUAUUUAGAGGAACUGUGUAUUUCUGAUUUGAAAGAUCACAGCUGGACACAUAGCCUACUAUACUCAGUAGAACUCUUGUAAGUGAAAAUGAAAGCUCCCGUGGUAAAAGUUGGCUAAAGGAAUUCAUUCA